ACAGCUUCAAAAUUGCCAAAACGAAAACAAAAAUAAAUUUGGUUACAAGAGUAAUAUUUACAGCAAACGAAUCAAGGACACCUAAACCAACCGUAAAAUAGUAAAAAAAAAUUGUAACUUAUGAUUGCUCUUCGGCGGCUAAGAAGUACUAGCUUCCACUUAGGAAAAAUACAUCUAGUUAACAUGAGUGUAGAAAGUGGUAUGGUUGCAAAUUCAAUUCGCAACAAACUGCAGAAUUCAUUAGAAGCUACUCAUUUGGAUGUGAUAAAUGAAUCUUACAUGCAUAAUGUACCCAAAGGUGCAGAAACACAUUUCAAAGUUGUUGUGGUCUCUGAUAAAUUUGAUGGACUUGCUUUGAUCAAGAGGCAUCGCUUAGUGAAUGAUAUAUUAAAGGAAGAAUUACAGAAUGGAGUCCAUGCAUUGUCUAUCGUAGCAAAAACAACAAAACAAUGGGAUGAGAGUGAAAAGAUUAUUGAUAGUAGCCCCAGCUGCAGAGGUGGUUUUGGAAAAUAAAUUAGUCUGCUUUAAUCAUAUUGCAGUUUAAAUAUUGAAAAAUAUGGUACACAAUGUAUACAAACUUUCCAACAAAAAUUUGUUAUCAGAAAGCUUGUUAAUUUAUUUCCUAGUGCAUAUUACCAUUGGUUUCCACUACUGAAACAAUUAACCAAAAAUAUUUUCUCUGUUUUUUCAUGGUUAGAAUUGCUUGU